AUGAACUCCUUUACCUCCAGGCUCAAUUCCUUGUUUGCUUUCACACUCAGUGUGAUGGCAGCCUUAACAUUUUUAUGUUUCUUAUCGACAUUUUUCAAUGACCAUAUUAGACCAGUUGAUAUUAAAGUUGGGAAAGUGACGGCACUUAACCAGGUAGUAUUAUGGGACAAAAUUAUCGAGAGAGGCGAGGAAUCUCUGCUGGACUAUCACAGCGCCAACACUAAGUACUAUUUCUGGGACUACGGAAAUGGGCUCAGAGGUCAUGAAAAUGUCACCUUGACUUUAUCCUGGAAUGUCAUUCCAAAUGCUGGAACAUUGCCGAAAGUCACCGGAGCUGGUAGUGAAAGGAUUGUCUUCCCUGAUCAAUACACAUCCGGACGAUUCUAA